AUGUCGCUCGAAGAAAUUGAAGCGCAAUUGCACAGACAGGCUGGGGUGCCCGAAAAGAGAAUGCUGAGCUUGGCAGAAGUUGAAGCCGCCUUGAUGAGCGUUAAUGGUCGGCCACCACCACAACAUUUAAUGUAUUCUACAAAUGAAGCUACUUUUAGAGAUCAAGAAAAUUUGGCUUUUUUAGAACAAGAAGCAGCUUACCGAGAACAAGAGGCUCUGUUAUUUCAUAAGGAAAAAAAACGAAGAGAUAAGCAACGAAAGUUGGUUGAAAUGUCUCGAUAUAAUGGCCUAAUGACACAAAGUGACAAGGAUUUCAUCAAUCGCAUUCAAAUAUCACAACUUGUAACGGACGAUCCUUACGCAGAUGAUUUUUAUUAUCAAGUAUAUACUGCUAUACGAUCUCGCCAACCACAACCUUCAAUAUCCACUUUUUCACCUCAACUCGGAGGAUCUGGUUUCAUGGGACACGAACGAGGGCGUCAUCGAAGCAGAGGAUCCGAAAGUGGGCUAUUGAAGAUGCAACAACAAGUGUUAAGGAUUGUUAAUGAUGCAAGAAGGAAACCAAAGCUAACACAACUAUCACUGGAGGGUGCUCUAGGUAAAAUUGCUCUUAAUUCUGUACGUAAUCCUAGACAAUUAUUGCAAGUUUCAUCAAAGAGCAAUGACAUUCAUCACGUGGGUCCUAGCAAUGGUAGUGGUAGUAUUCAUAGUCAGCAUCAAAAAAUUCCGUCAAUUUCAUCGCAUGGUGUUAUAGAUCAUCGAAAGAUUUUAAAGUCUAUCGAAAACGUAUAUACUGCUGUAUUGACAUUAGAAGAAUUGAGACGAAAUCAGCCACCACUGCCAAGACCAUAUGCUGAUCACGAAAGAGUGGCCGUUGAAAGAUGGAAUGAAGAGUAUGUUGAACUCGCAAAGACGAUGUGGGAAGAACUAAGAGUAACAGAAAUGAGUGGCUGCUAUCCACAUCCUUUCAUUAGCAUACUGUCUGUAGCAAAAGGAAAAAAAGUCAUUCCACGGGUCAUACGCCAUUGUCUUCCCGAACAAAUAUUUAAUUUAAUCACAGUAUUAGUAUCCAAUUUUGAAACACUAGAUGUAUGCAAAGGUGCAAUUUGGGGACCUCAAGGAAAUGUUAGUCCAGCAAUGUUGGAAGAAGUUGAACUGUUUAUGAACACUGUUGUUCCACCUUUGCUACAAUUUGUUGCAGAAUCCCCAUUAAGAAUUGUGAUUGGACUGUUUGGAUUAUUUAUCGAAAGGAAUAAUAUUGUAUGGGUGGCAAGAAGCAAGGUUGGCUUAGCGUUUUUAACAAUGUUUUUGAGUCGUGCUGAAAUUUUAAAACAAGGAGGCGGUGCCAUGCAAGGAUUGCCACCACCAGAAGAACUGGAGAUGAUACAAUGGCAAGAUUUAUAUAAUCGAUUAUUCGGUCUCCUACAAAAUCAUUUCUUAUCAUUGUACCCACCAUUCAUGAUUGGAAUCGAUGAUAUGUAUGUGUGGCAGUUUCUCGCUGCAAUGGCUGUUGGUGCAUCCACGGAACAACAACACGUGCUGGUUACUGAAGUGAGGGAAAGAGUACUUGAAACUGUGAUACAAGCCUCAAGGUUAUCAGCAGACAAAGCAUCUCAUAAAAUUGCCAAUGUAAACUUAUUCUUGAAUGCAUUGGGACUUGAUGCAUCACAGCUUAAA